AGACUCUCCCCACAAUUGUAACUGUGUCAUUUCUAAUUCUGGGGAAUCGUGCUAGUAUUGCUUCACUGUAGUGCAAACUAUGACCAGUUUUCACCUAUUGCUCUUCAGAAGAGUUCGCUGUACAACCUCCAGAUCCAGGUCUGGACUCUCUCCUGGCAGCCCCACCGGCGCUGUGACUCCCGUGUGACAGAAACCUCUGCUGAGGAGCACGCACCUCUGGGACACCAGACAAGAGCGUUUCUUCCUGAGCAACACGGCUUCAUGACUCAGACGUUCCCCCACGGCUUCUUCCCCCGAAGUAUGAGAGUGACCAGGCACCCAUUUGCAAAUGCCCCUUGAUCAGAGCAGACCCCUGAAUAGUCCGAUCCCUGCUACCACAGGCACAGAUUUCAUUUCCGUUGGUGGACAUCGACGUGAUGUGGGAAAGGGUCCGCGGCGAGGACAGGACAGCACCUGGGAGCACUGGGGCCAAGAGCGCUCCAAGCACCAGCCGCUGUUACCCGCCCUCCCCCAGCGCUGGAGACAGACGCAGAAGAGAUUCGAGUGUCGGAGAUGGGGCUGGUGUUGGCAUCGUGGGUGUCCACAGCUCCAGCUGGCCACCCAGGUCCUCCAGGUCCCUGAGGUGAUGGCUACGGCCACGAGGAGCUGAGGAUAGCCAGCGUCUCUCUGAUGUGACUGCGACCCAGGCAGGGGAGCAGAGGGGACCCCACACGCCGUGCAGAGCUCAGGGCUGACCCUCCCCUGCUCUCCCCAGGCCAUGGGCAGGGCUGGCCCCGGCUCCCGCAGCCCUGUGGGGUGGGGCAGGAGCAGCUCUGGCUUCACGCUGCACCUUGGACCCUGCUCCCGGCCCUCCCUGCCACACCGGGAAGGGGAAAGCACAAAGGCACGGCCCAGGGAUCCACGCUGCCUCGCAGGAGAGGAAAUGGCGACUGUGGGGGGACAGAUGGAUGCCUGGGCCAUGCGCCUCGGGGGCCUGCUCCUGCCUCUGCUCUUCCUGGGGACAGUAGGUUCCCAGCUGCAGGUGACCACGGCGCCCUCCUCCACGGCCCGCGUGGGCUCGGGGGCCCUGCUGCAGUGCCGGUUCGUUGUCGGGGGGCCGGUGGUCCUGGACUGCCUGCGGGUGACCUGGUAUUUCUUGGAGGAGAAGGUGGCCUGGUACGAGCAGGGCAGGAGCCAGGCCUGACCCAGAGCCAGCCUGCCAUCGGAGAAGGAGCUGGAGAGUGGAGACACCUCCCUGUUGCUGGCCGCGGUGACCGUGCCCGACGAGGUCUUGUACUGGUGUGUUGUGGGGUACAGGACGCAGCAGCAUCACGGGGAGACCAUCCUGCACCUGCUCGCUGCCCCAACGAUCUCCAUCCCAAGAAAACCAGUCGUGGCCGAUGCUGAGACCUCCCUCCUGUGCCACAUGGGGCGGUUCUACCCUGAGGACGUGGACGUGGCGUGGCUGAGAGACGGGCAGGUCCUGAAGGGCUUCACCCGCUCCAGCCCCAAGAGGAACGCGGACGGGACCUUCAACCUCACCCUGACCUACACCUUCACCCCCGCCCACAGCGACACCGGCAGUGUCUUCUCCUGCCACGUCCGCCACGAUGCUCUGGAGCAGCCACUGCAGGAGGACGUCUCCCUGGACAUCCAAGCACCGGAUCAGACUGGUGCCGUGGUUGGAGCCGUCCUGGGGAUCCUGAUCGGAGCAGGAGUCGCGGCCUCUGCAGCCAUUUACUUCUGGAGGAAGAGAAAAAAAGGCUGGGCGGUCUCCUACAAUGUCCCAGACGUGCAGGUGCCAGAGCGGUGCCUGCUGGGCCAGGAGGUGACCCUGAGCUGCUCCAUGGAGGGGACGUUCCCCGAGGACGUGGCCGUGACAUGGGAGAGGAUCCACAGCGAGGACAGGACGGUGCCUGAGAGCGCUGGGGACCAGGAGAGCCCCGAGCACCAGCCGCUGUUCCGCGCCCUCCCCCCGGGCUGGAGAGUGACCGAGGAGAGAGCUGGGACCCGCCUCACGUCCUCCCUGACCUUCACCCCCACGCUGCAGGACCAAGGGGCGCGGGUCCGGUGCGUCUUCCUCCACGAGGCCAAACGGAUCAGAGAGGAGAGAGUGUCCCCGGAGAUCCGGGUGUGGGCCCGGCCUCAGGUGUCUGAGAUCCAGGUGUUGCCAGAGCGGGACCCCCGCGACAAGGUGCCGUUUGCUGUCCAGCUCCACAACUUCUACCCCAGGGAGGUGCCCCCGAUCCAGUGGGGCUGGGACAGGGCCGGGAGUUGGAGGGAAGACCCCGCGCAGAUAGACAAGAACGCGGACGGCACGUUCACCGCGACGAGCGUCUGGAGAGUGCCCAGCCGGAGCCUGACCCGGCCGGAGCUGCGAGUGCGAGUGUGCAUCCAGCACGGCCCCGGAGAGCCCCCGAGCGAGAGAGAGCUCAGCCUGAGGGCCGCGGGUGAGGAGGGGCCGUGUCCUGGGGUCCCAGCCCCGCUGCAGGGGUGUGGGGUCUGUGUGGUGUGUGAGGGGCCGGCACGCAGCCCCUGCCAGGCCGCGGCUCCCCUGACGGGGCCUGUCCCUGCCUCUGCCUGUUCCCUUCCCCAGGUCUCCUGCGGUCCCCGGACAUGUCCGAAAUCUCCCAGCCCGAGUCCAUGGCCAAGGGGAAGGGAGUCACCCUGAGCUGCCGCAUCGCGGGGCAUUUCCCGGGGGAGCUGAGCGUGACCUGGCUGCGGAGGGGCAAGGGGGAGGACACUGCUGUGAUCCUGCGGGACUCGGCUGAGUGCAGGGUGGAGCCCGGCACGGCCGUCCUGGCACGGGACGGGAAGAGCUUCCGGCAGGAGACCAGACUCAUCCUCUUGUCACCAGAGUACCUGGCAGAAAAAUUCAUCUCCAAGUUUAAGGAUAGGGGGACAGAGUACAUCUGCCGUGGGGGACACCUCACACUGGAGACCCCCAUCGAGAGGAGCACUGACUGCCGUCCGCGCCCUCCGCACCUGGGGGAGGUCUCCCACCCGCAGGCCCUGGUCCCGGGGCAGCCGGAGACCCUGCAGUGCCUCAUCUUGGGGUUUUACCCCGGGCAGCUGGCGGUGACGUGGCUGCGAAAGGGAGCGGGAGAGAAGGCGCCCAGGCCCCUGGAGAGCUCAGACCCCCACAGGAUGCACACCCCUGCCCCUACUUGGGCGCCGGAUGGGAAGUCCUACAGCGUGGAGUCCGAGCUGCGCCUCCCCCCCGCGGGGCCCGAGGACGACGGGGUGGAGUACCUGUGCCGCGUGCAGCAUGAGGCCCUGAAGGAGCCCAAGUCCAGGUCCAGCGGGCGGCUGCGGGUCCAGGCCAGAGAGCAUUCUCCAGAGCCUCGAACAGCUGAGGAGGGAGGAGGCAGCUGAAGACAGAGGCAGCGUCGCCAGCACCACAUCUCGUGUGCUCUCCCAGGCGAUGGCAGAGAUGGUGCCAGUAGCUGGACUGUACUUGCUGGGCUGGGCUGGGCUGGGCUGGGCUGGGCUGGGUUAUCAACCUGGGGCUGGGGCGCAGGACCCAGGGACUGCAACAUGCCUAGGUCAUCCUGGGUCUAUGUUGGUCUAUGAGGGGCUGCUCUUGCCAUCUCCCUCCCACACACGUGGUCGGGCCUGGUGAGGAGCCCAGGGUUGGGGGUGUCUCUACCUCUUGGUCCAUAUCGAGCCCAGCCCCAUGUAGCCCUGGGCUGCUGCAAUAAAGAUGACAGUGCUGAUGCUCA